GUUAUUUUCAGUUGACACUUUCACUGAGUAGUGAAUUUGACUUAGUUUGACAGUGAUGUUCCAAUUCCCAAAGGAAUGCGUAAACGAUUGUGAAUGGGAUUCACUGAUACUGAGUGAUUGUGAUAGCUGUUUUGGAAAUUAGAGAUGAAAUUUAAGUGUUGAGAUCGAAAAAGUUUACAACUAGCAACAGAUCACAGCCUUGGUUUUCAGACAGACUUAUUGACUGCUGUGUCAAGAUCUUUUUCCUCAGUCAUGCUGCUUCCAUGUUCUUGAACACACUGACACCAAAGUUCUAUGUGGCUCUGACUGGAACAUCCUCAUUGAUUUCAGGUCUGAUUUUGAUUUUUGAAUGGUGGUAUUUCCGGAAGUAUGGGACUUCCUUCAUUGAGCAAGUUUCACUAAACCACAUCUCACCAUGGCUUGGAGGAGGUGAGCCAAAUGAAGAAAAUGGGAUCUCUAAUGGUGGAGGAGGUGGUGGGGGGAGUGGAAGUCAACAAACUGCUCCAGAAUGCAAAGUAUGGCGAAACCCAUUAAGUUUGUUUCGAGGAUCAGAAUACAAUCGGUUUCAGACAGCAUCAUCAAAGGAACCAUUAACGUACUAUGAUAUGAAUUUGUCUGCACAGGAUCAUCAGACAUUUUUCACAUGUGAAUAUGAUGCAGGGAAACCAGAAUACGAAAUUAUGCAAACAGCAUGGAGAGAACGAGAUCCUCCUACAAGGAUUAAAUCAGCACAUGAAGCCCUAGAGAAAAAUCCAGAUUGUGCACCAGCUUAUAUACUACUGGCAGAAGAAGAGGCUACUACUAUUAUUGAGGCAGAAAAGCUGUUUAAGCAAGCUUUAAAAGUUGCCGAAACUCAAUAUAGGAAGAGUCAGCAACUCCAACAUCAAACAGCCCAGUAUGAUGCACUAAGGAGACGAGACACAAAUGUACUAGUAUAUAUUAGAAGAAGACUGGCAAUGUGUGCUAGAAAACUUGGAAAACUUAAAGAAGCUGUCAAAAUGAUGAGAGAUUGCUAUGGUCUGGAUUUGCAGCUAAUCAAGGAAUUUCCAAUGAUGAAUGUGUUUAGUAUUCAAGAAAAUCUGAUUGAGGCUUUAUUGGAGAUGCAAGCUUAUGCUGAUGUGCAAGCAGUGCUCGCUAAAUAUGAUGAUAUUAGUUUGCCCAAAUCAGCAGCUAUAUGUUAUACAGCUGCACUGCUGAAGGCUCGAGGAGUUAGUGAUAAAUUUUCACCAGAUGUAGCAUCUAAAAGAGGACUCAGUACAGUAGAAAUGAAUGCUGUUGAAGCCAUCCAUCGAGCAGUUGAGUUUAAUCCUCAUGUUCCUAAGUAUCUGUUAGAGACUAAGAGUUUAAUACUUCCUCCUGAACACAUAUUGAAAAGAGGGGACAGUGAAGCAAUAGCUUAUGCAUUUUUUCAUCUACCACAUUGGAAGAGAGUAGAAGGAGCUCUUAACCUCCUGCACUGCACUUGGGAAGGAACAUUUCGAAUGAUUCCUUACCCAUUGGAGAAGGGCCACCUUUUCUACCCUUAUCCAACUUGUACAGAAACUAUAGACAGAGAACUCCUGCCAGCAUUUCAUGAAAUUUCUGUGUAUCCCAAGAAAGAGCUACCAUUUUUUAUCCUGUUCACAGCAGGACUUUGUUCUUUCACUGCACUUCUGGCUCUUCUUACACACCAGUAUCCUGAACCCAUGGGUGCACUAGCAAGAACUGUGAUUAGCUGGUUGGCUCUUCCUUUAAGUUAUGUUGUUGACAAGGUUGAGGCACUUCUUCCCUCAAGUCUUCUUCAACAGCUUUCUCGAAUCUGAUAUCAAGUACACUUUUACCAGAGCCUCACAGACUGUCAUGUUGCAUUUCUUCAGAUUUCUUCUCAGUUUGAUAUUUGCCAUAGUGUAGAUAUCAGUAAUGAUUGGAUGCUGUUUUUUGUUUUGUUAGAUGGAUUUUUACCAUCAAAAUCCUGUUAAAUAAACUCAAUACUCUAUGUUUAAAAACAAUGGUAUUCAAAUAACUGCUGUUUACAACCAUUUUAGUCAAGUGUUCAUUAUUAUGGAUACCAGUAAAAUUCAAAUAUUCCAAAGCAUUAAAAUUGAAUGUCAGUUUGUGCUUUUUCUCUACUAGAUCGCUGGUUGACUGAAACUGUCAUUGAAUAACACAGAUUGCAAAACUACUGUUUUAUAGAUAUGUAUGGCACACUCAACAAAAUAAUUUUUCAUAUGACUUUCCAAUAUCAUUUAACAACCCUAAACAUCCAACCACUGUAUGUAAUAUACGAUGAGGUUUCAUCAUGCAUAGCUAAUAAUAAGAUAGAAACAUAUAGUUCUUCUUCUUAGAUUAUUAUAGUUUAUACCUUUUAUGUUUCUAAGUGACUAUUGUUUUUCUUAAGUUUCUUAUGUAGUAACAGUUAAAUACACUUUACAAUAACUAUUUUACAGGCAUGCAAAAUUCUUUUUAUUUUAAAAUAAUAGUAUACAAAAGACAAUCUAACUAGAAAACUGAAAAUCACUGUAUUUCCCAUAAAUCUAUAAAUAAAUGAUUCAUCCUUCUUGUAAUCAGUGUAUACUUAGCUGUGUAUUUAAAGUUCUGUGACAGUGGAGUUUACUUGUGAAAUAAAACUUUUACUAUA